AUGUCCGACUUAUCUUCAGCAGAGCGCAAACGUAUCCGCGACAGAAGAUCCCAGAAGACCUUGCGCGAGAAAAAGGAGAGCUACACAGCUCAUUUGGAGGCCAAGGUAGCUCACUGCGAGCAACAUCACGCCGACCAAGGCACCCAGCAGCUUCUUAAAAUUAUCAAAAGUCUUCGCAAGCAGAAUGAAACUCUUGUGAACCGUCAAGAGGUAUUGAAAUCAAUGGUCAACUCGUGGGAUGAGAGAGUUGAAGACACAGGCCUCUUCAAUGUGUGGUUGACCCAAGGUGCGAAUGAAAAAGUUUUUGAAGCUCCUGUUCCCCCGAAGCAGUCCAACCUGGAAAAGUCUCAGUCUCACAGCGCGGACGAAAAUUACUCCGGUAUUAACGUGCCGUCGAUGGCAACAAGCUCACCACUGCUGCGACCUUCUGAAGCCCGUCCGCUAUGGAAUCAACUCCCCCUUUACUCUGACGAUUUUUCCAAUCUCCGAACUGUCUCCUGUCCGUGGUUUUUCCAUAUUGAACAGAUCAUGGAUUGCCCAGAUACACCUGCAUCACCUCUUGAAAUUUUAUACGGCAGCAAGACCAACCCAUUAGCAAAUAUGAUCCACAUGGCACUAGAAAGGCGGCCGAUUCGCGAGCCGGAAAGGCUAGCCAUGGGCUGGAUAGUAUAUCACUUCUCAAAAUGGAUCAUUGCCCCCAGUCCGAAGACGUUUGCAGCUUUGCCUGUUUUCCUGCGACCCGUUGAAGAGCAGUUUCAGAUCGAGCACCCUCUCGCAGUAAGCGGUAUUCCGUGGCCGAAACUGAGAUGCAACAUGAUCCGACAAUGGCGAAUAUUUGACAAAGAUCGUGAGGGAUUGUUUGGCAUGUUUGCUUGUUGUAUUAAGCUUCGGUGGCCGUGGGGCAUGAAGACCGUGGAGCGCAAUGAACACGAUGAGCUUUGUAUAAAGCCUGCUUUUUAUGAUAUUUUCAUGAGUGAGGAGGGAUGGGGGAUUACGCCGGAGUUUUUGAGCAAUUACCCGAGUCUUGCGGAUGGUAUAGAUGUCAAUUCACUUGUGUUCAAUAUGGCAUGA